CACACACACACACACAUCCCGCUUGGGGAACUGACGCAGGGGUGAGGAGGCAAGGCAAGGCAAGGCAGGGCAGUGGAGUCCGAGCUCCAUCCGCGCAAGCUGGCCAGGAGGAGCGCCAAAGCAGCGAUGCUGCGGUUGCGCCAUCUGUCAGGAGCCGGGGUGGCGACAGCGGCGGCGGCGGCGGCGGCGGCGGGAGGAGAGAGAGACUGAGGCGGCAUUUUGAGACUUGGUUUUGCGGGGUUAAGGCAGGGGAGAGAAGAAGACCCGGGAGGAAGCCCCGAGCUCCGAAGCGGGGGGGAGGGCCCCCAUCUUCUUCUCCCCGGACGACCGCUGCAGGCAGCCCACGCGCCCAGACAAAGCUGCUGUUGUCGCCGCCACCGCCCCCUCUUCCUCCUCCUCCUCUUCCUCGUCCUCGGGCUCUCGGCGCCCCCUCAGCUGCUGAGGCAGGGACUUUGACAUCCACCCGUUCCCUCCUUCCGUUGUUAUUUCGGUCCUUGCGCUAAUAAGAAUAAUAAGAAGAAUAGGGCUGGGCUCGGGACGGGACUGAGCGGGUGAGCCCUCGGCGAGCGAAACGACCGGGAAAUCUUCCUCCCCUUCUCCCCGCUGCCGCUGCCGCCCCCCCCCCUCAGGACCCUGCACAGAGAGAGAGAGAGAGAGAGAGAGCACGAGGGGAAGGGGGCGUUGGUGCGAAGGUAGCUCUGCGGACCCCAAGCGCGACCGCGGCGCCUCAGGAUUAGGCUUCUAGAAGUUCUCGAGAAAAUGUGGUGAACAACAGAUUGCUGUAUUUACAGGAGGGAAAUUCUGGAUUUUAGAUAAUGGGCUGUGUGCAAUGCAAGGAUAAAGAAGCAACAAAACUGACAGACGAGAGGGAUGGCAGCUUAAACCAGAGUUCAGGUUAUCGCUAUGGGACAGAUCCCACCCCCCAGCAUUACCCAAACUUUGGUGUGACAUCAAUUCCAAACUACAACAACUUCCCCACAGCUGGAGGACAGGGUCUGACUGUCUUUGGAGGUGUCAAUUCCUCUUCUCAUACUGGCACAUUGCGUACAAGAGGAGGAACAGGUGUAACUCUUUUUGUCGCUCUGUAUGAUUAUGAAGCAAGAACGGAAGAUGACUUAAGUUUUCAUAAAGGAGAAAAAUUUCAGAUACUAAACAGCUCGGAGGGAGACUGGUGGGAAGCCCGUUCCUUGACUACAGGAGAAACCGGUUAUAUUCCAAGCAAUUAUGUGGCUCCAGUCGACUCCAUCCAAGCAGAGGAGUGGUACUUUGGCAAGCUGGGACGAAAGGAUGCAGAGAGGCAGCUGUUGUCAUUUGGAAAUCCACGGGGAACCUUCUUAAUUCGUGAGAGUGAAACCACCAAAGGUGCCUAUUCAUUGUCUAUUCGUGACUGGGAUGAUGUGAAAGGGGACCAUGUCAAACAUUACAAAAUUCGCAAACUUGAUAAUGGAGGUUAUUAUAUUACAACCAGAGCACAGUUUGAAACUCUUCAACAGCUUGUUCAACAUUAUUCAGAGAGAGCUGCAGGUCUUUGCUGCCGCUUAGUAGUCCCUUGUCAUAAAGGAAUGCCAAGGCUUACUGAUCUGUCUGUCAAAACCAAAGAUGUCUGGGAAAUUCCACGAGAAUCACUACAGUUGAUCAAGAGACUGGGAAAUGGGCAGUUUGGGGAAGUAUGGAUGGGUACUUGGAAUGGGAAUACUAAAGUGGCAAUAAAGACACUGAAACCUGGCACAAUGUCCCCAGAAUCUUUCCUGGAGGAGGCUCAGAUCAUGAAAAAGCUAAAGCAUGAUAAAUUAGUCCAGCUUUAUGCUGUGGUAUCUGAAGAACCUAUCUACAUUGUUACAGAGUAUAUGAGUAAAGGAAGCUUGCUAGAUUUCUUAAAGGAUGGAGAAGGAAGAGCCCUAAAAUUGCCAAACUUAGUGGACAUGGCAGCACAGGUUGCUGCAGGAAUGGCUUACAUCGAGAGGAUGAAUUACAUACACAGAGACUUGCGUUCUGCAAACAUCUUGGUGGGAAAUGGUCUAAUAUGCAAGAUUGCUGAUUUUGGAUUAGCAAGAUUAAUCGAAGAUAAUGAAUACACAGCCAGACAAGGUGCGAAGUUUCCUAUAAAAUGGACUGCUCCAGAAGCUGCAUUGUAUGGAAGGUUUACAAUAAAAUCAGAUGUCUGGUCUUUUGGCAUAUUGCUAACGGAGCUAGUAACAAAAGGGAGAGUGCCAUACCCAGGUAUGAAUAAUCGUGAAGUGUUGGAACAGGUAGAACGGGGCUAUAGAAUGCCAUGCCCUCAGGAUUGCCCCAUCUCUCUGCAUGAGCUUAUGAUCCACUGCUGGAAAAAAGACCCCGAAGAGCGUCCGACAUUUGAGUACUUGCAGGGUUUCCUUGAAGACUACUUUACUGCAACUGAACCCCAGUACCAGCCAGGUGACAACCUGUAAUUUUUCCUGGUUUGUUGAGACUACAGUGAUCAAGUGUUUCAUUUUCAGCUGACAUCGGCCUACAGGCUCCCCCACCCCACCCCACCCCGAGGGUGCAUCACAGAGCACCAAAAUGUACCGGAGCCUGAAGAUGUGAACUUCCAGAGCUACAUGUUCUAAAGAUCUGAAUGUCUUCUGUGAACUGAAAAAGAAAGGACCACUUGCUUUUGUUCUUAAUCGAAGACUCUGAAGCCGCAUUGUUUUUGAUGUUAUGUAAACUGCAACAUUUUUGUUCAGUGUAAAUAGUAAUUCAGUGCCAAUAACUUAUCCUAGUGCUUUCCUUUUUUUAAAAAAAGGCAAAAUUAUGUGAUUUUAACCAGUCUCCUGAUUCAACUAAAGUAUUAUUUUCCAAAAGUGGCCUCUUUUUGUCUACAUUUUUUUCAUGUUCUAACAAAAUAAAAUCAGGACCAGUGUUGGGGGGAAGAGUUGUUUUGUUUUUUGCUUUUAUAUAUAAAAAUAUAUGUAAAAUAUAUACAUACCUGUAUAUAUAGUCUGCGGGUGCUAUUGAAGAGGAAACUCCUUUCAGAAACAGAUUAGCCAUAAUGCUGAAGCACCCAGAUUAAAAAAAAAGAGGGGGAAAGACUUCAUUUAACUGGAGACAUACAAUACUGAUAAAGACUCUGAAAGCCGAUGACUGAAUUUUUGGCUUUUGCCCAGCAUGACUUUUUAAAAUGGGAUUGCACUUUUUGGUUUAAAUAUGUACCUGUAGGUCGUUGUAACUUUUGAUCUUUCAGAAAUCAUGUGCAGCAUUUUCCAGCAAUAUUUGCCAACCGCAUGGUUUGAUUUUGUGACCAAAAUUAAAACCAAUCCUAUUAGAGCAAAGAAAAAAUCCACCAUUCCCUGUUUGGACUGGAAGGCUGAAACUGCAAGAACUUUCCUGUAUCAACAUAUGUAUACUGAACAUUUUCUGAUUUUUUUAAAUUAAUAAACAGUGCAACUACAUGCAAUAGUCUCAACCUCAUAGCAUUUUAGUCAUGUCCACAUACUUAAAUCAUUCAUCAGACUAGAAUUUUUUGUGUGUGUACCAUUCCUCAUCGUAAGCUAGGUGUUUAAAAUGUCCCGUACUGCUAAUGAAAUUACUUUCAUUCUGUCUGCAAGUGUUUCAGCGAAAUUACUAUGCACUUCUUUCACAGGAAAUGGAAGCAGAGAGGAGUGAGAUGCACACAAAUUAUGACUUGGGGUUAUCUGUACCAGCCUUGAAUUUCUUCCUUCUAACCAAAAAGAAACAAACAAAUAAAAAGCCCCCAUCCUUUUCUUUCUCUUAAGUUUUUAAAAAUAAUGUUACAGUCUUAAUUACAUUUUGUUAUUGUUUUAUUUGCAAGUUUACAUUUUUAAAAUGUUUAACUGUUCUAAUUUAGUAAUUAAAAGAGAGCAUUUUACAUUUGUA